GAGGAACCGGCAGCCCCGCUCGCGCAGGCGCCUUGGGCAGCUGACGGGGCAGGGGCAGGGGCCGCCGCAAUGGUGUACAUCUCUAACGGACAAGUGUUGGAUAGCCAGAGUCGGGCUCCUUGGCGCUUGUCAUCUAUAACAGAUUUCUUCUGGUCGAUAGCAGAUUUUGUGGUUCUGUUUUUCCAGAGUAUUAUUCAACCAGAUUUGAGAAGAAGAGGCUACACAUCUUCCUCCUAUUCAAGAUACAAUGAUGGAAGAGGGCCUCCAGCACAACCUCGACGUAGGAUGGGUCAAAUAAAUCACUGGGGUGGAGGCCCCAGUCCACCACCAAUGGCUGGAGGUGGAUGAGGAAGGUAA